AUGGAGCUUCAAGACACUUAUUACAACAAAUCUGAAUACGUCGAAACCGCUUCUGGAAAUAAAGUCAGCAGACAAACAGUAUUGUGUGGCUCUCAAAACAUAGUCCUGCAUGGUAAAGUUAUUGUACAAAGUGACGCAAUUAUCAGAGGGGACCUGGCAAAUGUUAAAACUGGAAGAUUCUGUAUUAUCAGCAAAGGUUCUGUAAUAAGACCUCCUUUCAAAAAAUUCAGCAAAGGAGUAGCUUUCUUCCCAUUACAAAUGGGUGAUCAUGUAUUUGUUGGUGAAAACACUGUUGUAAAUGCAGCUGUUGUGGGAUCAUAUGUAUAUAUUGGGAAAAACGUUGUCAUAGGACGUAGAUGUGUGCUUAAAGACUGUUGCAUGAUUGAAGACAAUUCAGUGUUACCAGCAGAAACUGUUGUACCUUCAUUUGCGCGGUAUUCAGGCAGCCCUGCACGUCUUAUCACCACAUUACCAGAAGCCAUGCCAGACCUUAUGACGGAAUUUACAAAAAGUUACUAUCAACAUUUCUUACCCACAACAGUUAAC